GUCACACUGACCGCGUCCCGUGGACUAUAUUUAAUUUGUUUAACUAAUUUUAGCCCAGUACGCAGAGUAACGCGGCGCCUGUGACUUUUUAGCACUAUAAAAACAGAACUCACACAAAAUGGCCGAUGUUGAAGCAGUGCAAAUUAUUGCGGAGUCGCUGAAGCAACAGGGUGUGGACUAUGUGUUUGGUAUCAUUGGCAUACCCGUUAUCGAGCUGUCUAUGGCCUUCCAGGCCGCUGGACUCAAGUACAUCGGUAUGCGGAAUGAGCAGGCCGCCUGCUAUGCAGCUCAAGCCAUUGGCUACCUAACGGGAAAGCCGGGCGUUUGUUUGGUGGUCUCUGGACCCGGACUCCUGCAUGUGACAGGUGGUAUGGCCAAUGCCCAGGUCAAUUGCUGGCCUCUGAUCGUCAUUGGCGGAGCCACUAAUCAGGAUCAUGAAGGAAUCGGUGGCUUCCAGGAGUGCCCACAGGUGGAGCUUUCCCGCCCGUACUGCAAGUAUGCAGCACGUCCUCCCACCGCUGCCCUUAUCCCUCUCCAUGUGGAGAAGGCAGUGCGAUAUGCCACCUAUGGACGGCCCGGAGUAGCCUAUUUGGAUUUCCCCGGAAAUAUUUUGCAAUCGAAGGCCCCCGAGGCCCGCAUCUACAAGGCAUUGGCCCAUCCAGCUCCCCCCGUGGCCUAUCCACCCCACGAUGAUGUGAUUGCCGCGUCCCGCCUUCUGCGACAGGCCAAGCGACCGCUCGUUAUUGUGGGCAAGGGUUGUGCUUAUGCUCACGCUGAGAAUACGCUAAGGCAUUUCAUUGAGAACACAAAUCUGCCUUUCCUGCCCACACCCAUGGGCAAGGGCGUGGUCUCUGAUACGGCUCCACAGUGCGUCUCUUCCGCCCGAACACUGGCCUUGCAGAAGGCCGAUGUGGUGUUGCUGCUUGGCGCGCGCCUCAACUGGAUUCUGCACUUUGGACGCUCGCCUCGCUACGACAAGGAUGUGAAGUUCAUUCAAGUAGACAUUUGCCCCGAGGAGCUGCACAACUCUGUUAUCUCGUCGGUGGCCAUUCAAUCGGACAUUCGUCCCUUCGCCGAGCAGCUGUUCGAGCAGAUGAAUGCCGUGAACUUCCGAUUCGGCUACGAGCAGGACUGGUGGAAGCAGCUGGCCGUCAAGUGCAAGCAGAACAAGGACACAGUGCAGCAGAUGUCGCUAAAUACCUCGACGCCGCUCAACUACUACGCCGUUUUCCAUCAUUUGCGAGAGCUGUUGCCCAAGGACACGAUUAUCGUCAGCGAGGGUGCCAAUACAAUGGAUAUUGGACGUUCCAUGCUCCUAAACGAGCAGCCACGUCAUCGGCUGGAUGCUGGCACCUUCGGCACCAUGGGUGUGGGUCCAGGAUUUGCAGUGGCAGCUGCCCUGUUCUGCCGUGACUUUGCUCCCGGCAAGCGGGUUCUCUGCGUUGAGGGCGACAGCGCCUUUGGCUUCUCGGGCAUGGAGAUUGAGACGAUGGUGAGGUACAAGCUGCCAGUGACCAUUGUGAUUGUCAACAACAAUGGCAUCUACGGAGGCUUCGACAAGGAAACCUUCGAAGCCAUUCGCAGCGAGGGCGAUCUGACCCAAAUCACACCACCUUCGGCGCUGGGGGUUCAAGUGCGAUACGAGGAAAUGAUGAAAAUGUUCGGCAUGCAGGGCUACUUCUGCACGGAAAUCGAGCAGCUGCAGACGGCCAUCAAGGCCGCAAACCAGCUUACGGACAGGCCAACCAUCAUCAAUGUGGCGAUCAGUCCAUCCUCGGAUCGCAAACCACAGUCUUUUAACUGGCUCACAGAGUCCAAACUGUAGGAUACAAUCGUCUAGAUCUUAAGCACAAAUUUCACCAUUCCGAAAAUUUUAUUGCCACGAAUUUUUCUGUAUAUACAUGCAAUUUUGAUAACACCGA